AGCACAGACAUAAAUGAACGAUACCAAUAAUAAUAAUAAAAAGAAAAGACACUGAAUAAAAGCAGCGCCGGCCGCAGCGCCGCUAAUCAAACCCGAGCCCGCGGCUCCGAGCCUCUGAGGGGAAAUCGGCCGCCGAAGGAAACGGGGACAGGCCGCCCGCCGGGCUGGGAGCGAGCCUCCGCCAGGUCCGGGCGGCAGCCGGCUCACACCCCGGCAGGCCAUGACCAUGAAGCCGGGUUUGCUGAAGCAGCCGGGCGGGGUGGCGGAGGCCGACAAGUGGGCGGCGGCGGCGGCGGCGGCGGACUACUCGACGGCGACCAAGGAGCUGGACGGCGUCGGCGGGGAUGAAGCGGGCGGAGAGGUGCCCGGAUCCGGCGGGGAUCUAACCCCUUCCAAGGGCGGCCGCAGCAGGAUGAACGGCGGAGCGGCCAAGGGGAGCAGCCGCCCCUGGGGCCGAGGAGUGGCCGUGAUCCCCAGUGGAGAUGGAGGCGGUGUGGGCCGAGGAGGAGGAGGCGGCGGCGGGCCCGGGGAAGGCGCCGUGCCCGGCCUGGACGCUCUGCACUGGGGGAAGGUGAAGAAGCAGCAGCCGCCCUCGUCCCAGCCUCUGGGCCCGGGCCCCAGCCAGAGCGCCCGCCUCAAGCAGAUCGUCCUCCUGCAGCUCGACCUGAUCGAGCAGCAGCAGCAGCAGCUCCAGCUCAAGGAGAGGGAGAUCGACGAACUGAAGGCCGAGAAAGAGACGCUUCUGGCUCGCCUUGAGCGCAUGGAAAGGAGGAUGCAGCUGGUGAAAAAAGAAAAUGAAAAGGACAAGCACCGCUUUGUACAAACUGUGGAUGGGACGGAGGAGAAGAAUGCAACGGAAGUGGAGAAAAUCCAGACAGAGUAUCAACAGAUCACCCCUGAACAACCUCUUGUUCAGAUGCAGGGCAAUCGAAUGGAAACACACUCUGGGAAGGGUUACAAAAGGAAAUCAGCACUAGGAACAACAGAAAGAAAAGCACCAGUGAAAAAGCUUGCAGCUGAAUUCUCAAGAGUGCGGACAAAACUGGCCAAAUCCUCUCCACUCCGACAGGCUUCGUGCAGCCCUUUGCCUGACAAAAUUUCAAAACGAGAACUGCGAAGUAAAGAAACUCCAGAAAAAUCCAAAUCUCAAACGGAGGGAGUCUACAAACCUUCAACCACAUUAAAGACUCCAGGUCUGCCCACCAGCAAAGAUCAGCCAAUUUCUAAUGACAUUGAAGAGGAGCCAUACCUCUGUACCACUGAGAUGUACCUGUGUCGGUGGCAUCAGCGGUCACCGUCUCCUCUGCGAGAGCCUUCACCGAAGAAGGAAGAAACUGUGGCAAUUCCAUCCUGGAAAGAACACUCGGCGGAACCCCUCGUAGACCUGCAACCCGAUGAAAUAAUUGAGAUAACUAGGAGAACCUCUAGUGGCAGGAAUAUGCUGCUGCAACAUUACAACAUGGCAAAGAAUAUCCUUGAGAAUUUAGAUGACUGUGUGUUUGCAAAGCGACAUGCAAAGCUUGAGCUUGAUGAGAAAAGAAGGAAAAGGUGGGAUAUUCAGCGGAUCAGGGAACAAAGGCUGCUACAACGUUUGCAACUGCGGAUGUAUAAAAAGAAAGGAAUUCAGGAAUCAGAACCAGAAAUCCUGUCCUUUUUCCCUGAACCCGAUGAUGUGGAAUCUCUGGUAAUUACCCCAUUUCUACCCGUGGUGGCUUUUGGGAGACCUCUACCUAAGUUAUCACAACAGAACUUUGAGUUACCGUGGUUGGAUGAACGCAGUAGGUGCAGGAUAGAUAUACAGAAGAAACAGACGCCACAUCGAACAUGCCGCAAAUAGAUGCUUUGGACAAAAAAUUUGACUUGUAUACUGCCGAGUUGCGAACUGUACUGCAAGCCAGCACUUAGGAUGCCAACCGGCAGAGAGCUCUGUGGGUUUUCCGAAGGACCACCUGCCUGAUGGAUCUCAUUCAGUGUUUAUAUUGAUGUUUAUAAUUGAUCGUCGCUAUAUCAAUAACUGAAUAGUCUCAUCUCUUGCCUUUAUACUUUCGCUUCUCUUAUUGAAGUGAAAAUCAAUUACUUUUCCUGUAUUUGUCUGUUGAAUUCGGACAGUGAGUUUUGGUCUGUUUUAGUCCAUUCUGCAAAUUUGACCGUGUACAGAAAGAUUUGAGAUCUUGUACAGCAAUCUUGCACCUUUUUUUUUAAAAAAAAAAGUUUGUUACGUAAAAAUGUUGCAAACAGCUCUGCUUCUCAGAAUUGGUUAUUUGUGUUUUUUCCAGAUAAUACCUGUCCUAACAAGACUAAGACAACAUAUUAAAGAGAUGGUAUCCCUUUUGUCAGCUUACUGAACCUGUAGUUCAGACCUGGUAAUUACCAACAUUUGUUCUAGCCUGGGGGAGCAUUAACUAAUUCAACGUGACAGACCACUGUCUCUUAUAAAUGCUGGGACCCAAACUGGAAAAUGGGCUAAGCAGAAGAUGUAAAUGUCUUUGUUCUCACAGUGGAUGAUAUGGAACCCACGUUGAGCUUCAGCCCAGUGAGAGAGAAAGCAGAGGGUCUUUUAGCUGAUGAAGGAAUUGUACAAACUUAAAAAAAAAAAAUGUCCUUUCACUUCGGGAACCUGUUUGAAUCUAGCUGAUCCCAAUGGGGAUUUUCCAUUUGUUUUUUUUUACAGUUAAGGGCCUUUUUUAAAGUAAAAUUUCAUUUUAAAUGGCUUAGAAUCCCGUAGAUGUAAAACCACAACAUACACCUCAAGAGUCAGCCAUGAGAGGAGGAGGGUGGGGAACAAUAGGUAGACCAUAGUGAUAGAGAAGAGGAAUGGAAAAUUCCGUUGGUAGUGGUUUUACCUGUUGGCCUGAGGAUUAAAGGAGGGAAUGCUUUGAAUUGUUCUGAUUCAUGCUUUGCCCAACUUGUGGUUGAUGCAUCACCGGAUGCUAAAUUAGAUUUAUUUUUCCCCAGCACUAUCCCCAUUCAGAUUAUGAACUCACUAGGCCUGAAAGGAAGGGUAUCAGUAAUCCUUCCAGGAAAAUUUCUGUGUAGUUCGUUUUUUUUUUUAAAACCCUCCAGUUUGAAUGUUGUAACUUAUGUUUUGGUGGAUGCACAAAUAAACAUGGCAGG